AUGGCUUCCUCCCUGUCAGCCCUCCACUCCACCGCCGCCAGCCACCUCGCACGCUCUCGAUGCCGGCGGACGGCCGCCAACGCGCGCGCCUCCUCCCUCCUUCGCCUGCCGCUCGGCCGCCGCUCCCGCUGGGUCGCCGCCGAGUUCGCGACCGGCGGCGCUGGCGGCACGGCCACCGGCGGCGGCGGCGGCAGGGCGAGGCGAGGCGUGGGCAUCGACGUCGCCGCGGUCGCCGCGGCGCUGCGCGACGCUAGAACGGCCGACGACGUGGAGUCCUUGGUGAAUGCCUUCUUGAACGACGACAGCGGCGGCGAGGCCCGGCUCCUGCCGCUCCAGGUGUACACGUGCGUCAUACGGGGGCUCGGCAAGGACAACCGCCCGGACGCCGCGUUCGCCGUCGUGGAGCAUCUCAAGCGGAGAGGGGCCGCACUGAACCAGUUCGUAUACAACUGCCUCCUCGGCGCCGUCAAGAGCAGCGGCGAGUUCGGCCGGAUCCAGGCCGUCCUCGACGACAUGGAGGCGCAGGGGGUGUCCCCGAACAUCGUCACCUUCAACACGCUGAUGUCGAUCUACGUGCAGCAGGGCAGGGUCGAGGACGUCCUCAGGGUGUACGCCGACGUCCAGGAGCGCGGGCUCGUGCCGACCGCUGCGACCUACUCCACGGUGAUGUCCGCCUACAAGAAGGCGGGGGACGCGUUCGCGGCCAUCGAGUUCUUCGUCAUGCUCAGGGGCGGGUACAGGAACGGGGAGCUGGUGGUGGGGAGCCGUGGUGACUGGGAGCAGGAGUUCGUCAAGUUCGAGAAGCUGACUGUCCAGGCGUGCUACCUGUCGAUGCGGCGGUCGCUCGUCGAGGGGAAGAAUCCGGUUGGCCAGGUGCUGAAGGUCCUCCUCGCCAUGGAUGAGGCAGGUGUCCGGCCGGAGAGGAGUGACUACGAGCGGCUCGUCUGGGCGUGCACGGGGGAGGAGCAUUACGCCAUUGGCAAGGAGCUGUACCAGAGGAUUCGUGAGGGUGGCGAUGGGGGCGAGAUCAGCCUGUCCGUCUGCAACCACCUGAUUUGGCUGAUGGGCAAGGCGAAGAAAUGGUGGGCGGCUCUCGAGAUCUACGAGGAUUUGCUGGACAAAGGGCCGAAGCCGAACAAUCUGUCUCAUGAACUGAUCAUGUCACACUUCAACAUUCUGCUGGAUGCUGCCAAGAGAAGGGGAAUUUGGAGGUGGGGUGUUAGGCUGCUCAACAGGAUGCAGGAGAAGGGAUUGAAGCCCGGAAGCAAGGAGUGGAACGCGGUUCUCCUCGCAUGUUCAAGGGCUUCCGAAGCAUCGGCGGCGGUGGAUAUCUUCAAGAAGAUGGUAGAGGAAGGGUUGAAGCCAGAUGUGGUUUCCUAUGGCGCAUUGCUGAGUGCACUUGAUAAAGGCAAGCUAUAUGAUGAGGCAUUGAAGGUCUGGGAACACAUGUGCAAGGUUGGCAUCAAACCAAACCUCUAUGCAUACACGAUUCUGGUGUCGAUUUACAUCGGCAAGGGCAACCAUGCUAUGGUGGAUGCUGUUCUUCAUGACAUGUUGUCGAAACGGAUCGAGCCGACCGUUGUCACCUUCAAUGCGAUAAUCAGCGCUUGCGUGAGGAAUAAUUCGAGUGGAAAUGCCUUUGAGUGGUUUCACAGGAUGAAGAUGCGGGGCAUUGAGCCGAAUGAAAUUACAUACCAGAUGUUGAUUGAAGCUCUUGUGCAAGAUGGCAAACCAAGACUUGCUUAUGAGAUGUACAUGAAGGCUUGCAACCAAGGUCUUCAGCUUCCUGCAAAGUCAUAUGACACUGUACUGGAGGCGUGCAUUGGAAUGUAUGGAUUUUUCGGAUACAGAAUAGCAAGGUAA